AAAGAUAUCGUUCUAAAGACUGAUAGUAACCCCUGGUAAGUUAGAUCCUUUUAAGGAACCUCUUGGAUUUUGAACAUUCCAUCUGCAAUGAAGAUUAUUCUGGCGACUGAUAGAUGAUAUUUUCCAAACGCCUAUAUUCUCCUUUUUCCUUACCCGAUGCAAGCAUGUCAGCUAGAACAAGCUACAGAUAUACAUGAAGAAGAAGGUAAAUGGGAAAGGCUUCUUCACGAUGAUGCUCAGAUGAAAGCGAUGAGUGAGAUCAACGAGCUACAUCCCCCUACUUUCCGUUUGAGUGACUUCUCUAUUGAACUCACUCGGCAGGGAUAUAUAGAAUCUAAGGGAAUCCCUCAAUUUGUUGCUUCUUUAAUAAGAAAGUCAGACAUCAAGAUCAAGCUUUGAUUUACCGUUGUUUCCUUUGAUGAUUUCAUGGCUAAUCAAGUAUACGCUGUCGCAUGAAUACUGGGGUCUUCACCUCUCUCUCCCCCAAAACGUUUUUUCCGAGGAUGGCAUUUUGUCUCUUGGCAAGCUUAUGAAAUGCACAAGUUGACUCACCUGGCCUUUUUUUCUUGUUCUGUUUACGUUGUCAUAUAUUUGACCUUGUGUAAGAGUGACUUUUCCCUCGAAACUUAGACAAUGUUUCGAUGGUUACCACGCGAUAGAAAUGAAGUUGCGAAGUUGUCUUAACUGUGAACUGCUAUAUAAAUAACACAAUUGAGGCUUGAUUUGAAGCAUCGUAGCUCUCUAUCUCUCUCUGUCAACAGCAUGGGGGCUCAACAAUGGAUAGCAAUGACAGUAUUAUGUGCAACUUUCUUUCAGAUAUGCAGAGCUGUAGACUCCCCUGCAGAUGAUAAACUCCUGAGUUUGCCAGGGCAACCAAGAGUCAGUUUCCAGCAAUAUGCAGGAUAUGUAACCGUAGACGAAAAUCAAGACAAAGCUCUUUUCUAUUACUUUGUCGAAGCAGAAACAGACCCAGCUUCAAAACCUCUUGUGCUCUGGCUAAAUGGGGGGCCUGGCUGUUCCUCUGUUGGAGCAGGAGCUUUCUCUGAGCAUGGCCCCUUCAGACCGAGUGGUGGAGGGAGUCUUGUUAGAAAUGAUUAUAGCUGGAACAAAGAAGCAAAUAUGCUCUACCUAGAAUCACCAGCAGGAGUUGGUUUCUCUUAUUCUGCCAACCAAUCUUUCUAUGACUUGGUGAACGACACCAUCACAGUGCAAGACAAUUUUGUAUUCCUUCAGAAUUGGUUUCAGAAAUUUCCCGAGUACAAGAAUAGGGAUUUGUUUAUCACAGGAGAGAGCUACGCAGGACACUAUGUUCCACAGCUCGCAGACCUCAUAGUGAAGUCAGGACUAAAAUUCAAUUUGAAGGGCAUAGCACUAGGAAACCCUCUAUUGGAGUUCGGUACAGAUUUUAACUCGGAAGGUGACUUCUAUUGGUCUCAUGGGUUGAUAUCAAACCCUACUUAUGAACUUCUCAGUGCAGUUUGUAACACUUCACAACUCUGGAGAGAGCGCAUAGGAAACUCCCUUUCGGCUUCUUGUUCGAAAGUGAAUGAUCAACUUCAUGCAGAAAUUUCGUACGCUAUUGAUAAAUAUGAUGUCACUGCGAAUGUUUGUCUGUCAUUUGGUGCAUCGCUAUUGGGAGUUCAAAAUAACCCAUUAACACCAAGAUUCCGACUUUUCUCAUCCGCUGAAUCACUGCAGGAGGCUCUCAGUCAGCAGAAAGCUCAAGAGAACAUUGAUCCGUGUGUACAAGAAGAAACUUUUGUAUAUUUGAACAGGAAAGACGUGCAAGAAUCUUUUCAUGCCAAGCUUGUCGGAACUCCGAAGUGGACUUUCUGCAGUGGUGUUGUAAACUAUGAUCUUCGAAACCUAGAGAUACCUACAAUUGAUGUCGUGGGCUCAUUGGUCACUUCAGGCGUCCGGGUCCUAGUAUACAGUGGAGAUCAGGAUUCGGUUAUCCCAUUUACGGGGAGUAGGACUUUGGUAGAAGGCUUGGCAAAAAAGCUGGGAUUGAAUGCAACUGUGCCCUAUACAGCUUGGUUUGAGGAUAAACAGGUUGGAGGAUGGACACAAGUCUAUGGUGACAUCCUGACAUUUUCCACCAUUAGGGGAGGCUCUCACAUGGCACCAUUUUCAUCACCCGGAAGAUCACUGGCAUUGUUUGCAGCGUUUCUAUCUGGGAAACCUCUUGUCUAAAUUUAUGGACCUUUUAUUUUAAGUGAUGCAUCAUCAUAUCAAUAAAAAUAGCAUCAAGGAAAGAUUGUUUGACAAUCGAAAUAAUCUAUACGUGAUGAAAUUUUCAUUUUGCAUUCUUCCAUUUGAAGAUUGAUUAUGUUUAUACAAGUUGAAUAGGUUUUUGUAAGCUUGAGCCAUUAAUGAAGUGUUCGAACAUUCAAGGGAACAAUGAUUGUCUCCCAUGGUCA